GUGUUGAUGCAGGGAGAGGUUGGUGACGAUGAGAGAUAGAUGCAUACAUAGGUGCUUCAUUUUUCAUAGAAAGUUAACUUCUUAACUAUUUUUGCCUUUACGUUUACAAGAUGGCGGAAGUAAAGGUGAAACAAGAGUCUACUGAUCCCGUGGACAUCGAAAACCGGAUAAAAGAGCUUUGCCAACAGUUCCCCCACGGAAUAACGGACCAAGUGAUCCAGAACGACAUGCCUCACGUAGAGGCGCAACAGAGGGCUAUGGCCAUCAACAGACUGCUAUCAGUAGGACAGCUAGACCUGUUAAGAAACAGCACAGGACUUCUGUACAGAUUGAAAGACAUGCAGACGGCAAGUAAAAUGAAGGGAUCUGACAACCAGGAGAAGUUGGUUUAUCAGAUUAUUGAGGAUGCUGGAAACAAAGGAAUCUGGAGCAGGGAUAUUCGAUACAAAAGUAAUCUUCCCCUGACAGAGAUUAACAAAAUACUGAAGAAUCUGGAGAGCAAGAAAUUAAUCAAGGCUGUGAAGUCUGUGGCUGCUUCUAAGAAGAAGGUUUACAUGUUGUACAACCUGCAGCCGGAUCGCUCAGUAACAGGAGGGGCUUGGUACAGCGACCAGGACUUUGAGUCAGAGUUUGUGGAGGUGCUGAACCAGCAGUGCUUUAAAUUCUUACAAAGCAAGGCUGAGGUAGCAAGGGACAGCAAGCAGAGCCCCAUGGUGCAGAGGAAUAGCUCCUUUGCCACUUCGCAUGAGGUGUGGAAGUACAUCUGUGAGCUGGGCAUCAGCAAGGUUGAGCUCUCCAUGGAAGACAUAGAGACUAUCCUGAACACGCUGAUCUACGAUGGCAAGGUGGAGAUGACCAUCAUUGCAGCCAAGGAGGGUACGGUGGGAAGCGUGGAUGGCCAAAUGAAAUUGUACAGAGGCGUCAACCCCAUCAUUCAGCCCACGGGCUUGGUCAAGACCCCAUGUGGCCUCUGUCCUGUGUUUGAUGACUGCCAUGAAGGAGGAGAGAUUUCACCCUCUACUUGCAUAUACAUGACUGAGUGGCUGGAUUUUUGACCAAGGGCUAUUUUUUUUCUUCUGUUGUGUGAAGAGUAUUACUUAAACAGUGUUUGCAGAAGGCUGGAAUGUCACUGGAUAUUUUUAUUUCAACUGCUAUAGAUUUAUCGUUUUAUUUUGUGCAAGAUACAUACACUGACACUUAAGUUAUCCCUCUUUAUAAAAACCAUACAGGCCAGAGAAGCUGUGGUCGUACAUCUUCAUGGCCGGACCUUUGAGAAGACUUUUUGUAUGGCAGCUGCUAUCUAGCUUCAGUACCAGAACCAUGAUUAGCUUGGUUUCCCACCUGACUGUCUGCAGAAGGCCGGUGCAGGUGGACCUGGCCAAAUUUUGUCACCCAGCAACCAAUCUACAGGCAGGCCGUGAUGAAAUCGGUCUUUCAUCAUUAAGUGACUUAAGGUCAAAAUGACUGAUGUUCAUGGAGGAGCAGUUUGUCUUGGUUUAAGAGCAUCUGUGUGUAGAUGCUGAUUUACUUUCAUUGUGCUUACCCCUUAAUGAACAUUUCCCUGUACAGUAAGUAACCUCAAGGUUUGUCCACCAGGUUUAUAGGCACUACUGAUUUAAACAAGUUUGGGAUGUGGCUAGAGCCUAAAAUGAAACUGUCUUAAUCCAAUCAUAAUGUACAUCUAAACAAGCCUGAGUUAGCCACAGUGGUGAUGUACUUAAUUUAUA